GGGGAACGCAAUCCUAUAAACAAAAAGGUGGAAGUCUCUUUUAAAUCAUAGCAGAUUGCGUUGGCUCGUGCGAGCAGCUGUUGGUCUGUCGUACGUAUAUGGAGUGAUCCCAUUGUGGGCUCUGGUCGUGGCAAUAUGUCUGAGACGCAGCUGCACGAGGAGGAGACCCGUGCUCUGGUGGAGGACUAUCUGCACCGCUGCCUGGGGAAUGAUCGCCCGCAGCCGCCGCCUCCUGUGGCGGAUACCCUCUGGCAAGUGGCGCAGGAGGUCCACCUGGGGAACAGCGCUUUCUUCAAGUCCUGCGAGGAGCUGGACGUGGAGCCGUGCGCCAUCCUGCAGCGUGUGGCCCACGAGGUGGCCCUGGAAGGAGGACUCAACUGGGGACGGGUGGUCGUGCUCAUUGUGUUCGCCGGGACCUUGACACAAAGGCACAGGAAGCGGAGAGCGGGGACCCCCCGGGAACUGGCAGGGGUGCUGAGCCAAUUCCUGGUCAGGGACCAGGGUGACUGGUUCCAGAAGAACGGAGGCUGGGAGGGUUUCCAGAAGUUUAGCAACAACAAAAGCAACCACAAAAGACAAGAGCAGAGUCAUUUCUCCAAUGCCCUGAUGGCUGCGGCUGGAGUUGGACUGGCAGGAUUAGUUUUUCUUCUGGCAGUAAGAUGAACCGUGGAAACUAUCAAUGGACCUCAGAUCUACGAAGACAUUUUUGGACCAUGAGGUCACCUGAACCAAUGUCUCAGCCAUUGAUGCCAAAGACCUUUCAUAAAGGACUGAACUGAUGUGACACAAGUCUAUACAAUUGUAUUUUCACUGCGCAGACACACGGCCACAGUUAACUACAUAGCACUUUUGCCUGUGAACGUUAUGGACUGAAGUUAGAGCGGCUUUUAAAAUGGUGUGAUUUGUAAAGGAAAGAAAAAACCCUGCAAAAGGAUUUCAAUCAAUGUCAUUUCAUUACUAUGUAAAAAGUUCUGUCAAUCUCGGCUCGAGCACUUUUAUGUUUAGUCUUUACUAGUAAAUUCUAUUUAUUUAGGGUAAUAUGUUUUAUAUCAUUCAGUAUUUAGGAACACUGUUACAUCUGUGCGCAGAGCAUACGUGCAUCAUAACUUACAGCGCCAUAGAUAUCUUCUGGAUACUUUCCAUACUCUGGGGCUGACAUUUUCAUUUUUUUUGUAUUGGAGGGUGAAAAAUAAUGCCCAAUAUGUGUGUAACUGUAAGACGCUUUUUGACGUAAAAUGUAGCGUUAAUGAAUCGCUAUAGCAGAUUUGCGAUUGCAUAGAGUAAAGCAAAUCUCAAACCUGACAAAUUGAUUUGCUCAAUGCAUCCUAAUGGCUGGCAAAUGGGCACAACAUUUGCGCACGUCGUUCACAUUUGUAAUAUCCUCCUGACUUGCCCUUGUCAGUUUAUUAUGACCAGUGUGAACACACUGAAUACCCUGGCUUAUUUAUAUAAAUGAUUGCCUUGUGCCAUCCAGGCUAUAGCGGGUUAUUAACAGAUACCUUUUACUAUGUACAAAGUUGUGUUCCACCAAAGUUCUGGAGCAACUCGUUGAAAUGAUCUUAUUUUAGGCCAAGUCUGUACCGAAGAAUAAAAACUUAGUAAUAAUUUAAUUAAAAUUAUUAUAAUUUUUUUUUUUUGGAAGCAAGUGAAAAUUUUUGAUAAAUGUUUCACUGGUUAAUGGUGUAAAGUGUAAUGAGGAAUUAUUAUAUUUAUGCUAGUUUAUGAUUGACUUUGUAGUCCCCAAAGAGACUGGCAUCUCUAAGGCUUUUUUAAAACGAUAAUAUAUUAUGUACAUACUUUUAUGAUACUUGGGAUGGACAGGAUUUUUACUGUGUUUUAUUGUCUAAUAAAUUGUGUACAUUUGGCACUUG